CAUGGCUGAUGACAGGUUUUAUGAUGAAGCGUAUCAGGAAGGGUUUGAGGAGGGAACUCGUCAGGGAACCAUCGAGGGCAGAAACCACGGGCUGCUUCACGGAGCCAAACUCGGUGCAGAGGUUUCUUUUUAUUAUGGAUUUGCCCUUGCAUGGAAAUGUCUCUUUCAAAACAGUAGUGAUGUUAAAGCAAGAAAAAGGCUGAAAGCUAUGGAAUCUUUGAUUGGAUUGAUCCAAAACUUUCCAUAUGAGGACCCUAAGUAUGAGAAACUUCAAGAGAACAUGGAAAGGCUGCGUGCCAAGUUUAGACAGGUGUGCUCUUUACUGAACGUGGCAACAGACUUUAAAGAAUAUAUAAGAGGAUCAACAGGAAUGUCCUUCUGAGAGAUGGCAGGAGCCUUACAGCAGCCAUGGCAAACUCAGAGCGCCUCCUGUGAGCAAGCCAUGAUGAUCUUCUGCAGACAGACAGUCUUGAUGAAGGGGUUUGUGGUGUUCACGUGCCGUGUGUAUAAGAGAGGAUCGUUAUCACUCUCACUGGACUCGUAAGUCAGAAUUCUGGAACAGCUCUUUAAACUGAAUUCUAGAAAACACAGAGUGGAAGAAUCUGAGUGAUAUACUUAGGUGUUUUAAAGUGAGAUCAACAGGGGUGAAAUAGCAAUGGCAGUGAUAUGAGUUAAUUUAAGACAAGCCAAAGCCACCGUCUUCAUAAGAAUAUUCCAUCUCCCAAGAUGUUUUUUU